CUGAACAGGUAAUGAGAACUACAAGGGAUGGGGAAACCAAACAGAGUGAACCAAACGGUUGUUUCAGACUUCCUCCUUCUAGGACUCUCUGAGCAGCCCGAGGAGCAGCCUCUCCUGUUUGGCAUCUUCCUGGGCAUGUACCUGGUCACCAUUAUGGGGAACCUGCUCAUCAUCCUGGCCAUCAGCUCUGACCCACACCUCCACACUCCCAUGUACUUCUUUCUGGCCAACCUAUCAUUAACUGAUGCCUGUUUCAUUUCUGCCUCAAUCCCCAAGAUGCUGGCCAACAUUUAUAACCAGAGUUGGACCAUUUCCUAUUCUGAGUGCUUUGCACAACUAUAUUUUCUCCUUAUGUUUGGUGGCCUCGACAACUGCCUUUUGGCUGUGAUGGUGUACGACCGCUACGUGGCCAUCUGCCAGCCACUCCAUUACAGCACAGCUAUGAGUCUCCAGCUCUGUGUAUUAAUGCUGGGCAUGUGCUGGGUGCUCACCAACUGUCCUGCCCUGAUGCACACACUGUUGCUAACCCGGGUGGUGUUCUGUGCCCACAAGGCCAUCCCCCAUUUCUACUGUGAUCCCAGUGCUCUCCUGAAGCUCGCCUGCUCAGAUACCCACAUUAAUGAGCUGAUGAUCAUCACCAUGGGCCUGAUGUUCCUCACCACUCCCCUCAUGCUGAUCAUUUUCUCCUACAUCCGCAUUUCCUGGGCCGUAUUUGGCAUCUCAUCUCCUGGAGGGCGGUGGAAGGCCUUCUCUACAUGUGGUUCUCACCUCACAGUGGUCCUGCUCUUCUAUGGCUCUCUCAUGGGUGUGUACUUACUUCCUCCGUCAACUCACUCCGCAGAGAGGGAGAAGAGGGCUGCCAUUCUCUAUAUGGUAAUUAUUCCCAUGCUAAACCCAUUCAUCUACAGCUUGAGGAACAGAGACAUGAAGGAGGCAUUGGGUAAACUUUGGGGUGGUAGGAAAACAUUCUUCUUGCCAUGA